AUGUUGAAUACUGUGACUAACUCUUCCAGAAAAUGUAUGGAAUCAUUGUACCGAACCAGAGUUUUCAAAACAUUAACUAAUUCAAAUGUCAUCAGUUAUCGAACUCAAGUGAGUUUAAGUCCAGCGCCAGACAAAGCAGAAUAUUCAACUUUCUCAUCUGCAAGCAAUCAACCCCUGAAAGAUACAGAUCCAGAAAUGUGGGAGCUUAUCAAUGCAGAGAAACAACGCCAAAUGUCUUAUCUGGAAUUGGUUGCUUCUGAGAAUUUCACAAGUCGUGCUGUAUUGGAAUGCAAUGGAAGCUGUUUGACUAAUAAAUAUGCUGAAGGUUAUCCCAAUCAACGUCUACCAAGAGGUGUUUCUGUAAUCGACAAAAUUGAACAAUUGACACAGAAAAGACUAUUGGAGUUAUUCAAAUUGAAACCAACUAAUAAAUCACUUGAUGAAGCUGACUGGGGUGUGAACGUUCAAGUAUUCAGUGGGUCACCUGCUAAUAUGGCAGUAUAUACAGCGUUAUUAAAACCAAAUGAUCGUAUAAUGGGACUUCGAUACAUAGAUGGAGGUCAUCCAACCCAUGGAUAUUUUAACAAACAUAAAAAUCUAAGUGCGGCAUCAAUUUUCUUUAAUACUAUACCGUAUUCACUAAAUCCUGAGACGGAGUACAUUGAUUAUGACAUGUUGGAGCGUGAUGCUAAAUUAAUUAAUCCGAAAUUAAUGAUUGCUGGAAUAUGUACUUAUCCAAGGUUAUUGGAUUAUGAAAAGUUCCGAAAGAUAUGUGAUUCUGUUGGAGCUAUACUCUUAGCGGAUAUGGCGCAUAUUUCAGGUUUAGUCGCCGCUGAAACACUUCCAUCACCAUUCAUGCAUGCUGAUGUUGUGACUUCAACGACGCAUAAGACAUUACGUGGUCCGAGAUCUGGUGUAAUAUUCUAUCGUCGUAAACCACGUUCAACUGAACAACAUCAAUGUGCAUAUCAAACUAUACCAGUUGAAGAAUAUGAAAAGCGUAUCAAUGAAGCUGUAUUCCCAGGUUUACAGAGUGGUCCACAUGAAAAUACAAUUGCAGCUGUUGGUUCAAUGGCUAUAGAGGCAGCUACAGCUGACUUUCAGCGUUAUGCUCAACAAGUUCUCAGUAAUUCACAAACACUUGCACAAUGUUUACUAUCUAAAGGCAUUGCUUUGGUCACUGGGGGGACAGAUAUUCACUUUGUCGUUGUGGAUUUAAGUAAAUCACCAAGUCAACGUGGAUUGGGUCGUGGUGAUGCUUCACUGGUACAAAUUAUAGCUGAUAUGGUAGGCAUAUCACUUAGUGCUGUGUGUGUGCCAUCAGACGAAAAUACUAAUCGACCAUCUGGUUUGAGAAUAGGCACGCCUGCUUUGACAUCACGAGGUUUCUUAAACAAAGACUUUGAAAAUGUCGCCAAUUUGAUUGAAGAAGUUUUGAAACUUACAUCUGAUGCGAAGAAGGUCACGGAUGAUAUUCAAAAAUUCUCACUGGCUGUCAAAGGAAGUCCAAAUCUGAGAUUUCGAAUCCAACAACUACGCCAGUCAGUAUCAGAUUUCGCUUUGAGCUUUCCGAUGCCUGGUCAUUGUGAUAUUUGAGUAAAACAAAAUACAAAGUGUAUACGGAAAGAGUUUUCUUCUUCUCUGAUGAGCAUGUUCC